AUGGAGUCCAUUGUCACACUUUUAUUACUUUCGCCAGCCCUCGCGGCUGGUUCUCUUCAUCCACGCAUCAACAAUGGCCUGGCUAAGACGCCACAAAUGGGAUGGAACACGUACAACCACUACUCAUGCUCGCCUAAGGAAGCCAUAGUACGCUCCAACGCCAAAGCGCUCGUUGAUUUAGGACUCGCCUCAUUAGGCUACCGCUAUGUGACCAUCGACUGUGGCUGGUCGGUAGCUGAUCGGCUUUCGAAUGGCAGCUUGACCUGGAACGAGAACUUGUUUCCGAGCGGCUUUCCCGCCAUAGGAAGUUAUAUUCACGGAUUGGGGCUGCUGUUCGGUGUUUAUGGGGACUCGGGAACCAAGUUGUGCGGGAGUCCCCCAGACCAAGCUGGCAGUUUGUACCACGAACAACAGGAUGCGAAAACGUUCGCUGCAUGGGGGGCGGAUGCGUUAAAGUUUGACAACUGCUACUCGGACGCCGCCACCAACUACCCCAAUGUCAACUACCAGCCCAGCACGUCUCCUAGUUCCCGCUACAAAACAAUGGCCUCUGCGCUCGCCGGUGUCGGUCGACCAAUCCUCUUUCAAAUCUGCGAAUGGGGUGUCGACUUUCCUGCUCUUUGGGCCCCUGCGCUCGGGAACUCCUGGCGCAUCGGCAACGACAUCAUCCCCGCGUGGCGAACUAUCUUUCGCACGCUGAACCAGGCCGUUCCCAACACAGCUUUUGCUGGACCCGGUCAGUGGCCAGAUCUGGAUAUGCUGUUUGUGGGCAACGGGGUGUUUUCGGUGCCGGAGGAGCAGACGCACUUCUCGCUGUGGGCGAUUCUGAAAAGUCCAUUGACUAUUGGAGCGGCGUUGAAAGAUGAUGUCACUAGUAUCAACCAGGCAUCGUUGGCGGUGCUGAAGCAGAAGGAUGUCAUUGGGUAUAACCAGGAUUCGCUGGGGGUGAGUGCGAGUCUGAAGCGGAGGUGGUCGGACGAAGGGUACGAGGUGUGGAGCGGACCACUGUCGGGCAGCAGGACCGUGGUGGCGGUCAUCAAUUGGAGAAAUGUGUCGAGGGAUCUUACGCUCGAUCUGCCUGAUGUUGGUCUGCAAUAUGCACAAGUUGCCAGAAAUAUAUGGGGCAACACCGUGGUCCGUGAUGUGCGGACCUCGUACACUGCGACAGUAGCAGGACAUGGAACGAUGCUUCUGGAGUUGCAGGGUACCGUUCAGUCGGGGUCAUAUCCAGCCAAUAUCUUCGCGACCUCUACAGGUCAAAAAACCACUUUCCAGUCGGUCUAUGCAGCUACUACCAGCGCAAACUACAUGCUGGCCAUCACCUUUUCGGGAUCAUCCACCGAGACCGUCACCAUCACGACCUCUUCCGGCCAGACUGUCUCGACCUCCAGCAAAUCGGCCCGGGUCGCCCUGGCGGCUGGAUCGAACACCAUCACCAUCCAGCACACGGCCCCUAUUGAGUCUAUCCAGAUUACCCCACCGACCGGCACCUACUACGCCAACACCGUCUUCAACGUUACCGGCGGCGCCCAGCACACCACCUGCGGGUCCGGCUGCAGCCCCGUUGGCUCCAAAAUCGGCGACCUCACUCCCAGCAGCAACGCCUACACAUCCAUCCCGGCAACCACCCCGGGGUCCAAGUACCUCGCGAUCGACUACAUCAACAAUGAUGUCGCCUUCUCGUCAUCUUGGGGCUGGGGAUCCAACUCACGCAACCUGACCGUCAGCAUCAACGACGGGGCGCCGGUGCGACUGGAGGUCCCAUUGAGCGGACGCAGUAGCGAGCUGUACUCGGCUGGCAAGGGAUGGUGGGAUACAGCGACGCUGGGGGUUUUGACCUCUGGAUGGAAGAAGGGGGAGAAUAAGGUCGUGUUUGGGAAUCAGGGUGGACAGGUCCAAGAUUUCUCUACAAAUUUCUGUCAACGAUCGUCCUUGUAUCUGUACGAUAUGACAACAACGACAACUACUACUACCAAAACACACUCUCGAAAUGAAGACAACCACGAUCUCGCCAGUAUCCAACUCGAAGCAUCGCAUUCCCCUCCGUCAGGGAAUGUCUUCCCCGUUAUCGAAAGAUGGAACCAUCCCAAGUCAAACAUCUACAAGACCCUCGCCACCUUCUGGGGAUUUCUCGUUAUGGGCGCAAAUGACGCCGCAUACGGUUUGGAACAACACUACUCCCUCACCUACACCAUCGUCUCUCUCGUCUUCCUCUCUCCGCUAGGCGGGUAUAUGCUCGCCGCACUAACAAACAACCACAUCCACCUGCGCCUCGGCCGGCGCGGCGUGGCCAUCAUCGCCCCCUCGUGCCAUAUCCUCUCAUACAUCAUCAACUGCCUGCACCCGCCGUACCCCGUUCUCGUGGUGAGCUUCAUAUUCGCCGGGUUCGGCAACGGGCUCGCUGACUCCGGGUGGAAUGCCUGGAUCGGCAAUAUGGCGGAUGCGAACCAGGUGCUGGGCCUGCUGCAUGGGUUCUACGGUGCUGGGGCGGUGCUUGCGCCGUUGAUUGCCACGGCGCUGGUUACGAAGGUGGGGGUGGGCUGGUGGUAUUUCUACUAUAUCAUGAUUGGCUGCGCGGUCAUCGAGCUGGUGACCUCGGUUUACUGCUUCUGGGACGAUACUGGGGCGGUCUUCCGGCGGGACACGCAACAUUCGACUGGCAGCGGCGGCGGUAGCCUGCGCAAGACGCUGUUCACGAAACGCUCGGGGAGGAUUACCUGGCUGUGUUCGUUUUUCCUACUCCUGUAUGUCGGUGUGGAGGUUGCGCUGGGCGGGUGGAUCGUCACGUUCAUGAUGCGCGUGCGGCACGGCGAGCCCUUUGCCAGUGGGAUGGCGGCGACGGGGUUCUGGUUGGGGAUUACGGUGGGCCGGGUGGUGCUGGGGUUUGUGACUCCGAGGGUGGGUGAGAAACUGGCCAUUUCUAUCUAUCUCGUCUCCUCCAUCGGCUUUGGUCUCAUCCUCUGGCUUGUUCCGAACUUUUACGUUUCGACCGUGGCGGUAUCGAUCCAGGGCUUCUUCCUCGGUCCGCUGUUCCCUGCUGUUGUGGUCGUGGCGACCAAGUUGCUGCCGCGUGGCUUGCACGUUACCGCGAUUGGCUUUGCGGCGGCCUUUGGAGCAGGAGGCGGCUCGGUGCUGCCGUUUGCUGUUGGGGCGAUUGCGCAGGCCAAGGGGGUCAAGGUGUUGCAGCCGUUUGCGAUUGGCUUGCUGGGGGCGAUUAUGGGGUUGUGGAUGGGGUUGCCUGGGAUUCCUGCUCAGCAUGAGACUUAG